CCUCGUCUUGCGUGCCUGAGGGCGCCCGAUCGCCCACUACACAGUGUGUCCAAUCCGAUUUACAACCGUCCUUUCGCACAUUAUCGAAGUUUCUGAAAAGGCUUUGCGAAAGUUUGGUGAGAAGUGAAAGUUUUGUAAGCUUGUGAGGGAGAGUUGUCAGAGUGUUGAGGACUGGGAGAAAGGCGCUGGGGCCAGCGAGUCGGCCAUGGCCGUCGUCACCUCCCCUGUCCUCUCCCUUCAAUAAUUCCAGCUCCAAUCGUUCGUCAUUUCGGCGUCUGGAAGUGGUUCUUCUUCCUCUUCGUUUUCUUCUUCUUCAUGCCGUGGUGGUGAGCAGCAGGAGGACAGAUGAUCACUCUCGGGUGAGAAGGGAGUGCGCGGGACGGAGUUCCCAUGGGGGAGAGUGGCUUGUGAGGAAGUGCGGGAACUAAUCACGUGAGGAGAGGCUGCAUUGUGGUGGAAGGUGGUUUGGCGGCAUGGAGGCGAAUGCAGGGCUGCUGGCGGGCUCGCACAACCGGAACGAGCUGGUUGUUAUUCGGCAGGAGGGUGAUGAGCCGAGGCCGUUGAGUAAUGUGAACAGCCACAUCUGUCAAAUUUGUGGCGACGAUGUGGGAGUGACACUGGAAGGGGAGAUGUUCGUGGCGUGCACCGAAUGCGGGUUCCCGGUGUGCCGCCCCUGCUACGAGUAUGAACGGAAGGAUGGGACUCAGGCAUGUCCCCAGUGUCGGACUCGCUACAGGCGACACAAAGGGAGUCCUCGAGUGAAGGGAGACGACGAAGAAGAGGACACCGACGACCUGGACAACGAAUUCAACCACAAUGUUGAUAUCGACAAGCACGACAAGCAGCAAGUCGUGGAUGAGAUGCUGCACAGCCAGAUGGCGUAUGGUCGUGACACGGACGUGAUGAUGUCUGCAAUGCAGCCUCAGUAUCCCCUUUUGACGGACGGACACACGGUUUCUGGAGCAGGCGAAUCGAAUGCUACGUCACCCGAUCAUCAGGCGAUAUUUCCUGUUGCAGGAGGGAAACGGAUCCACCCUGUUGCUUACAGCGACAUUGGAAGCCCAGCUAGGCCACUGGAUCCGGCGAAGGAUCUGGGAUCGUAUGGGUACGGGAGCAUCGCCUGGAAGGAGAGGGUGGAGAGCUGGAAGCUGAGGCAGGGAAUGCAAAUGACGACGACGGAGGGAGGGCAGCUCCAAGCAAGCGGGAAGGGCGGCCACGAUGAGAACGGGCCAGAUUGCCCGGACCUGCCAAUAAUGGACGAAUCGCGACAACCACUGUCGAGGAAAGUGCCGAUUCCAUCGAGCAAGAUCAACCCGUACAGGAUGAUAAUUGUGAUUCGACUGGUGGUGAUUUGUCUGUUUUUCCGAUACCGUAUCUUGAACCCUGUGAAUGAAGCGUACGCCCUGUGGCUGGUGUCGGUGAUUUGCGAGAUUUGGUUCGCCAUAUCGUGGAUUCUGGAUCAGUUUCCGAAGUGGCUGCCCAUCAACCGCGAGACGUAUCUGGAUCGGCUGUCGUUGAGGUUCGAGAAGGAAGGGGAGCCGUCUCGGCUGUGUCCCGUGGAUAUCUAUGUGAGUACGGUGGACCCAAUGAAGGAGCCACCUCUGGUGACUGCGAACACGAUACUGUCGAUUCUGGCUGUGGACUACCCCGUGGACAAGGUGUCGUGCUACAUAUCCGAUGAUGGUGCAUCGAUGCUGACGUUCGAGGUUCUGUCGGAGACGUCGGAGUUCGCUCGGAAGUGGGUGCCGUUCUGCAAGAAGUUCAACAUCGAGCCCCGGGCACCUGAGGUGUACUUCGCCCUGAAGAUUGACUACCUGAAGGACAAGGUGCAGCCAACGUUCGUGAAGGAGCGGAGAGCCAUGAAGAGGGAGUACGAGGAGUUCAAGGUGCGAGUGAACGCGUUGGUGGCGAAAGCGCAGAAGAUGCCGGACGAAGGAUGGACAAUGCAGGAUGGAACGCCGUGGCCUGGGAACAACACUCGCGACCAUCCCGGGAUGAUCCAGGUGUUUUUGGGACACAGCGGGGGUCACGACACGGACGGGAACGAGCUGCCACGGCUGGUGUACGUGUCUCGAGAGAAACGACCCGGGUUCAACCAUCACAAGAAGGCCGGUGCCAUGAAUGCGUUGGUGCGGGUGUCUGCGGUGCUAACAAACGCGCCUUUCUUCCUGAAUCUGGAUUGUGAUCAUUACAUCAACAACAGCAAGGCGCUCCGGGAAGCGAUGUGCUUUCUGAUGGAUCCCAUCGUGGGGAAGAGGGUGUGCUACGUCCAGUUUCCUCAGCGGUUCGAUGGCAUCGACAGGAACGAUCGAUAUGCCAAUCACAACACCGUUUUCUUCGACAUCAACUUGAAGGGAUUGGACGGCGUGCAGGGCCCGGUGUACGUGGGUACUGGAUGUUGUUUCAAGAGGCAAGCGAUUUAUGGUUACGACCCUCCUCCGAAGGAUGCGAAGGCGUCGGGUGGGCGGAGCCAAGGCGUGUGUCCAUCAUGGCUGUGCGGGCCCCGGAAGAAGGGAGUUGGGAAGGCGAAGGUUGCGAAAGGCGGGAAGAAGAAGCCUCCGUCGAGGAGCGACUCCAGCAUUCCCAUUUUCAGCCUGGAGGACAUCGAAGAAGGCAUCGAAGGCAUUGACGAGGAGAAGUCGUCGCUGAUGUCUUUGAAGAACUUCGAGAAGAGGUUCGGUCAGUCUCCGGUGUUCGUGGCGUCGACGCUGCUGGAGAACGGAGGCGUGCCGCACUCUGCGAAUCCGGGGUCGCUGUUGAAGGAAGCCAUCCACGUGAUCAGUUGUGGGUACGAAGACAAGACGGACUGGGGGAAGGAGAUCGGAUGGAUCUACGGGUCCGUGACGGAGGACAUUCUGACGGGGUUCAAAAUGCACUGCAGAGGAUGGAGGUCCAUCUAUUGCAUGCCGACGCGACCUGCGUUCAAGGGGUCGGCGCCCAUCAACUUGUCGGAUCGGCUGAACCAAGUGCUGCGAUGGGCGCUGGGGUCGGUGGAGAUUUCGCUGAGUCGGCACUGCCCUCUGUGGUACGGGUACGGUGGAGGGAAGAACGGCGGGCUGAAGUGUCUGGAGAGGCUGGCUUACAUCAACACGACGAUCUACCCGCUGACAUCGUUGCCGCUGCUGGCGUACUGCGUGCUGCCCGCGGUGUGUUUGCUGACGGGGAAGUUCAUCAUACCCACGAUCAGUAACCUGGCGAGUCUGUGGUUUAUUUCAUUGUUUAUCUCCAUUUUUGCGACGGGCAUACUGGAAAUGCGGUGGUCGGGAGUGGGCAUCGACGAGUGGUGGAGGAACGAGCAGUUUUGGGUGAUCGGAGGCGUGUCGGCGCACUUGUUCGCGCUGUUCCAGGGUCUGCUGAAGGUGUUCGCGGGUAUCGACACCAACUUCACGGUGACGUCGAAACAGGCAGAGGACGAGGAUUUCGCGGAGCUGUACAUGAUAAAGUGGACGGCGCUGCUGAUUCCGCCGACGACGCUGAUCGUGAUCAACAUGAUCGGCGUGGUGGCGGGGAUUUCGGAUGCGAUCAACAACGGAUACCAGUCGUGGGGCCCGCUGUUCGGGAAGCUGUUUUUCGCGUUCUGGGUGAUCGUUCACUUGUAUCCGUUCCUGAAGGGUCUGAUGGGACGACAGAACCGGACACCGACGAUCGUGAUCGUGUGGUCGAUCCUGCUGGCGUCCAUCUUCUCGCUUCUGUGGGUGCGCAUCGACCCGUUUCUGGCGAAGGUGAAGGGUCCCGACCUGUCGCAGUGCGGGAUAAACUGUUGAGUGGGGGUGUGUGAUGGAGGAAUCGAGGAAAUGGAUGUUAGGAGUGCGACGCUUUGGAACGCAACGUCAAGGUUCUUUGGAUUGCGACGCUUGGGCGGGGCGAUGAUUGUUUUCCGUGGUGCACGGAGGAAGUUGGUUAAAUUAUGAGGUUGGCGUAUCACGGCGGAAGAAACCCAGAUGCGCAUUUGUUAACGGUGGUGUUGUACUGGAGGAGGUCCCCGCAUGGGCGACGAAUUGGUUUGUAGAUAAUAAAGGAGAGAUAAGGUGUGUCAGAUACUUGCGAGGAGUCCUAUACGAGAGAAGACCAAUAGUUAUAAGGGUGAGUGUAGAGUAGGUAGUAGCACGGUGGAUUGUGUUGGUUGCGUGCCACACGAUGUUGUUUUCCAGGUUGUCGUUGUAGCCUCCUUUAGGCAGAUGUCGGGCUUUGUGUCUCGGUGCAGCCACAGUUUAAACCGGUGCCCUGGUAGGGUGGGAGGAGUGGCAGGGGGGUUCACUCAUACAAAUUAGGCCGUGGCGUGAAGCAAGUGCCAUAUUGUGCAGUAUGCCGGUUGUGAAUGGAAAGAUAUCGUGAAUCGGAUGUUGAAUGGU